AUGGAGAAACCCACAGAACCUGAUGACACACAAACCAAGCAACUCACAAGUCUGAAGGUCUCACAAAGAGGAAAACAAGUGAUAUUAGCCACAGCACAGAUAUGCUUGAAAGAUAGCAGUGGUUCUCUCGUACAACUCAGAGCCCUUAUUGACCAAGGCUCACAAGGAACCUUCAUUACGGAGUCUGCAGUGCAACUACUGCGACUGAAGAAGACUUUGCAGCCAGCUAAUAUCACAGGUCUCGAAGAUCAAGCGUCAUUGCCACGACACGUCGUUAACUUAGAUAUUUACUCACCGAUAGACACUCACUAUAUAAUGCAAGUUAACGCUCACGUACUCUCGAAGAUAAAUGGUUGGUUACCCUCAAAGGAGUUUGACAUCUCACAAUGGCCUGCCCUGUCCCAAUUGCAACUAGCGGAUCCUCACAUGCAAUCGCCGGGACCUAUUGAUGUUCUACUGGGCGCCGAGGUCUAUGCAUUUAUUUUGCUAGACGGACUUCACAAAUAUAACGAUGACAAGCUUAUAGCACAAAACUCGAAACUCGGAUGGUUUGUCUCUGGAGCGUCUAAAUCACGAAGUGAUCUGCCACCUCACAAUAUUGUAGCUCACCACGCACUCAUCGAGGUAGAUCAACUCCUACGCAAAUUCUGGGAGACUGAAGAGUACAAGCCACAUGAGAAACCGAUAACACAUCUUGAAAAACAAUGUGAAGAGCACUAUAAAGAAACCCACUAUAGACAAGAUGAUGGACGAUAUGUCGUACGAUUACCUUUUAAAGAUGAUCACGAAAAUAACUUAGGCGACUCUCGACAGAUCGCAUUACAGAGACUAAUGCACAUGGAGAAAAGAUUCGCAAACAAGCCUAAAUUUCAGAAGGAUUAUGCGGACUUCAUCGAUCAAUAUCAGAAGCUGAAUCAUCUAGAAGAUGUAGACCCACAACAUAAGCCAACUCACAAAGUCUAUCAUCUCCCCCACCACGCUGUGAUAAGAGAAUCCAGCAGCACAACAAAGCUUCGCGUGGUCUUUGAUGGAACUGCACAGCCGUCAAAUGGCUCAUCUCUGAACGACGAGUUACUUAUUGGACCAUCACUAUUACAAGACUUGCGAGAUCUCAUUGUUCGUUGGCGUACUCACAAGAUUUGUCUGCUUGCUGACGUAAAGCAAAUGUAUCGCCAGAUACUCGUCGCUAAAGAAGAUGUUGACUAUCAGCGCAUACUGUGGCGCUCAUCUCCACAAGAUGAAAUCGUCGAGAAACGUUUGUUAACUGUGACAUAUGGUACGUCAUGUGCUCCGUUCCUCGCUAUUCGCACAUUGAAGCAGCUUGCACAAGACGAAAAAGAGCAAUUCCCAGACUUAGUUGAAAUUAUAAGUAAUGACUUUUAUAUGGAUGACUUACUCACUGGUGCGAAUGACGUGGAACAAGCAACUAAGUUACAGAGUCGUAUCACACAAGCUAUGGCAAAAGGGAAAUUCGAAAUGCACAAAUGGGCAUCCAACAGUCCUGACGUGUUGAAGAAUAUUCCUAGUUCGGAAAAAACUAAUCAACCAAGUGUCGAGAUUAAGCUUGAUGAUACCAUCAAAGCUUUAGGUAUCAAAUGGAACUCACAUCACGAUGUCUUCGAACUUAAGGUAGAUAUUUCGGAACCCACAGAACGCUUCACCAAAACAUGA